UGGACGAAUCAAAAAAAAUCCAAACUCUUAAAACUCGCGUCGAAUUCAACCUGGUCCAGCAAAAACAAAGUCUCGAUCGAACUCUGAUGAAGAAAAUAGGAAUGUCUCUGGACAAAUCGUGACGCGACCCAGCACUCGCAUUUGCAUACAAAAACCUGAGGCACGCUGAUGCCAGGCAAACCUGACGAAGAUUAGAUACAGCAGCAGAUCGAUUCUACGGCGAGGACAGCGAGAAGUCGAUAGCCGCCCAUACGCGGCCGCCGGCGGCGAGCGAGCGAGCGAGCGCGCCAUGGCGAACCACCGAGCUGUGAUCGCGGCCGUCCUCGUUUUCUGCUUGUGCUUCGUUCAGGUGGCCCGGUGCGAUGUGGUCGCCGCCGCCGUUUCUCCGUCGUCGCCGGAGCAGGCGCAAGAGCUUCAGAUGCUGAGAGCCAAAGUCGCGUCGUUAGAAUUACGUUCUUUGGGUUUAGAGGAUGAGAUCAGUGGGAGGAAGGAGGAGACCUUGCAGCUGGAGAAUGUUGUCAGGGAGAAGUCAGCACAGAUUGCGGCAUUGGUGAGCGAGCUAGAAGUUCUGCAGGUGCCUAAUGUUGCUGACGAUGAAUCAGUGCUGAAGGCAAACGCCCAUAAUGAGAUGCUUGAGAAACAGGUUCUGAGGCUGGGUAGUGAUUUAGAGGACCAAGUUAAGAAAGGGGAAUCACUAGAAGCCCGCGCUAGUGAAGCAGAGAAAAGUUUGCUUGAGCUUACUCAGAAGUUGGACCAUGCUGAAAAGAUAAAUAUGGAGCAGAAGAAAAAAAUUGAGGAGCUUAACCAUAGUCUUCGGCAAGUCCAGGAUAAACUUUUUGAAGUGGAGAGGGAAGCAAAGUUGAAGGCGGAAGAGUUGAUGAAGGUUCAUGGCAUGUGGCUUCCACAUUGGGUCAUGGCUCGUUUUGUGUAUUGUCAGGACUUGGCUUCUGACAAAUGGCAGCUCCAUGGGAAGCCUGUGCUUGAUGCUCUGGCGCAGAAGAAAUCGGUUCCUGCUGCCAAAGCACAUCUCAACUCUCUGAAAAAAAGCACCGAUGUAUACGCAUCGGCAAUAGCUACCAGGAGUACCCAAGCCUAUAGAGUUUGCAGAGACACCAUCCAACCAUCAAUGGCCAAGGCACAAGAAUUUGCAGAUCACUAUUGGCAGGAAUCCAAGAAGUUCACCACACCAUACAUCACCAAGGUUGUCGCAGCAUCUGAACCUCGUCUGUCAAGAGUAUGUGCCGUCCUCGAACCUUACACGAGGCCUGUCAUAUCUGCUUGGAGAAAGCUUGUUAUGUCAGCAAGUGUACCCCAUCGCCAGGUUCAGAAAGGAAUCAAACACUUCGUAAACGAUAACGGGCUGCUGAAAUCUGAUUCGGCCGACAGGUUCGCAUGGUUCACGGCAUCAGCUUUGGUCGCUCUACCGAUGUUCUACACCUACAAGAUGCUCUCAGCUGCUAUAUGGAGGAAAGCUGUGGCAGCACAGGGCAGUGGCGGCACAAGAUCAAAAAAAGCCUCGAACCGCAGGCGCACACAGAGAGUGGACAGCUAGACUUCUAGAAGUGUUCUCAAGUUGAGACAUUAGUACUGGGACAUGCGUUUCUAAAGGCAUACCGCAAAAUCCUUUAUAUUUUGAUAUGAAUAUAUAAUAGGAAACUACGGAUAGACUGAAAUGCACGCAUAAAUCCUGUACAUAUGACGUUCAUGUGUCAUGGUUGCUGUUAAUAUGGUCUGACAUGGUGUAUAUAUGGAUUUGAUUUUUUUUUUAAAAAAAACACACUGUACGCAGCCGCCGUAUGUAUCAUAUAUACGCAUAAACACGUAUGAACGUACAUAACAUAUGUACCACUAUGUUUUUGAAGAUUCGACUCAUAUAUUUUAAGAUAAUGAAAUUAUCGUA